AAGCCACCUUUGAAAGCUUGAGAACUUCACAGCCACUCUUCCAUCCACCCAAUUCCUGUCAGUGUGUGAGAUAUCCAUCUGCUGAGAAUCUCCUCGCCCAUGGCUCGCAAUCCAGACACUCCCGAGAUGGGGCUCGACAUCAGAGAACGGGGCCUCAAGAAACCCGUCGCUGUGGCCGAGUACUUGUUCAGAAGAUUGCAUGAGAUUGGCAUCCGCUCCGUCCAUGGCCUUCCGGGAGACUUCAAUCUGGUGGCCCUGGAUUACAUUCCUAAGGCCGGCCUGCGAUGGGUCGGCAGCGUCAACGAGCUGAAUGCGGCCUACGCCGCUGACGGCUAUGCCCGCAUAAAGGGCAUCUCGGCCCUCGUCACCACCUUUGGAGUGGGAGAGCUGUCGGCCAUCAACGGUGUGGCCGGCGCCUUCUCCGAGCACGUUCCCGUCGUGCAUAUCGUCGGCUGUCCAUCGACCAUCUCGCAGCGCAACGGCAUGCUGCUGCACCACACGCUCGGCAACGGCGACUUCAACGUCUUCGCCAACAUGGGCUCGCAGAUCGCCUGCGAUACCGCCCGGCUGAACAAGCCAGCCGAGAUCGCCGACCAGAUCGACCACGCCCUGCGCGAGUGCUGGAUCCGCAGCAGGCCCGUGUACAUCAUGCUGCCGACCGACAUGGUCGAGAAGAAGAUCGAGGGCGCACGCCUCGACACUCCCAUCGACCUGACGGAGCCCGAGAACGAGGCCGAGCGCGAGGACUACGUCGUGGACGUCGUCUUGAAGUAUCUCCACGCCGCCAAGUGCCCCAUCAUCCUGGUGGACGCCUGCGCCGUCCGCCACCGGGUGCUCAAGGAGGUGCACGACCUGGUGGAGAAGACGCAGCUCCCGGUGUUUGUGACGCCCAUGGGCAAGGGCGCCAUCAACGAGAGCCAUCCGUCGUACGGCGGAGUGUAUGCCGGGACCGGAUCGCACCCGGACGUUGCCGAACGGGUCGAGUCGGCCGACCUGGUCCUGUCGAUCGGCGCGCUGAAGAGCGACUUCAACACCACCGGCUUCUCGUACCGGACCUCGCAGCUCAACACGAUCGAUUUCCACUCGACCUAUUGCCAGGUGCGAUACUCCGAGUACCCCGGCGUCGCCAUGCGCGGGGUGCUCCGCAAAGUGGUCGAGCGCGUCGACCUGAGCAAGCUGUCGCAGCCCUCGUCGCCACAAGUCGUCAACAAGGUGGCCGAGAACUGGGACGACUCCGAGACCAUCACGCAGGCCUUCUUCUGGCCCCGCAUCGGGGAGUAUCUGAAGGAGAACGACAUCGUGGUCACCGAGACGGGCACCGCCAACUUUGGCAUCUGGGAGACCAAGUUCCCGCCCGGCGUGACGGGUGUGACGCAGAUCCUCUGGGGCAGCAUCGGCUGGUCCGUCGGUGCUGCUCAGGGGGCCGCGUUGGCUGCGAGGGACAUGGGCGUCGACCGGCGGACCAUCCUGUUCGUCGGCGACGGCUCGUUCCAGCUGACCGCGCAGGAGGUGUCGACAAUGAUCCGGCAUAACUUGAAGGUUACUAUCUUCCUCAUCUACAACGAAGGUUUCACCAUCGAGCGCUUCAUCCACGGCAUGGAGGCCGAGUACAACAACAUCGCGCGGUGGCAGUACACCGAGGUGCCGGCCGUGUUCGGUGCGUCGGACAAGCAGUGUCGCAAGUUUGUCGUCAAGACAAAGGACCAGCUCGAGAAACUGUUGACCGACAAGGAGUUCAACGAGGCCCGGGGGCUGCAGUUUGUCGAGCUGUGGCUGCCCAAGGAGGAUGCGCCAAGGGCGCUGAGGAUCACGACCGAAGUGGCCGCGAGAACCAAUGCAAGGGUCGAGUAACGGGAUGGGGCGUCUUG